UAAGGUAACGUGGUAACCAAGUGGUAACAAGAGAAGAAGGGAAGUUGAUAAUUUAUUAUUGUUAAUAAUUAUUUUGUGGAAGAAUAUAUAAUAUUAUUACUUGAUUUUCACUUGAAUGAAAUGAUAAAAUCAAUGAGAUACAAUUUAUUUCGUCCAAUGCCAUCUUGUAUUCAUAAGAUUAAUAUAAGCACAAUAAUUUGGAAGGGUAAUAUUUUGGAAAACUAUCUUAAAGAAAUUCCGAGAAACAUAGAACUGAAAAGGUUUUACGGACCAUCCGCUGAAGAAGUAGUGAGAGAUGUAAAUUUGGAAAACAAAACGUGCCUCAUAACCGGUGCAAGCGGAAGUAUUGGGAUGCAGUUGGCGCGCUGUCUGAGUUUGCGCGACUGCAAUGUCCUCAUGGCCUGCCGCAAUAUCUACAAGGCAUCGCAAAACGCAAAACGCAUCUGCGAAAAAAGCGAUCGACUCAUUUACUACGAUGUGAACCUGGCUUCUCUGGCCUCAGUUAAGGAGUGUGCAAGUCGUAUAGUUAAAAAUGAAAAGAAAAUCGACAUUGUUAUUUUGAACGCAGCCACAUUUGGUAUACCCUGGACACUGACGGAGGAUAAACUUGAAACAACGUUCCAAGUAAAUUUUCUGAGCCAGUACUAUUUGUUGCUUCUUGUAACAAAUCUUCUCGCUCCUGAUGCACGUAUUGUAUUUACCUCGGCCGAAUCUCAUAAGAACAUAAAUUGGCCAACGGAAAAUAUAUUUACGCCCGUUUUGGAAAAUCUGUCCCUACCCAAACAUAAGUACACUUCCAUAAAGUCGUACAAUAUUUCGAAGCUGUGUGGAGUUCUACUGAUGCACUACUUGAGCAAUCAAUGGAGCAGCACUGGCAAGUCUGUAUUCUGUGCACAUCCCGGUUCCUUCAUAAAAACCGGCCUAUGUCGCAACUGGUGGUUUUAUGAAAUACUGUAUAACCUUAUGCUUCCAUUUACUAAGACUGCUGUACAAGGCGCUAGUACGAUCAUUUAUUGUGCAACCUCUCCGGAUCUUAAAGGAUUAACUGCAGCAUAUUUUAAAGACUGCAAACCCCAUGACGAAAGUGUACUUGCUAAAAAUUAUUACUUGUCAUAUAGAAUUCACGAUCUCAUACUUGAAAUAUUACGUGAGCGUCUGGAUGAUUUCGAUAAACUAAUGUGUGCCUUUAACUCUAGUAAAAGUAUGUAA